AUGUCCCGGGUUAGUAUCGCGAUCGACGACACCAUAAUCGAACGUUACAAGCUUCAGACAGAGUUCUCACCAGGUAGGAGCUCUGUAGUCCACACCACGGUUAUAUACAAGAGCUCCCCGGUGUCCGGUGCGCGCCGAGCUGUAGAGGUAAAGACGCCGUGGCGCGAGACAAGAGAGCUGGGCUCCGGGGGCUUUGGUGUUGUGUCCUUACAACGUACUGCCGAUGGCCAGUGUAGGGCCGUAAAAAGGGUUCUUAGGGGGGGCGGAGUGAGCUCUAGGACGGAGCUCAUGGCCUUGAGCAUGGCACUCGAUCAUACAGACUUAUUUGUUAAAUUUCUUGGAUGGUUUGAGGACAGGCACAACUUAUACAUCGCGACGGAGUUCAUCAUGUACGGCGAUUUGAGCCGGUACAUCAAAGACCCGGCAAUGAAACAUAAUGCCCGGUACAUCACGAUGCAGCUCUUGGAAGGUAUUCGUAGUCUGCAUAUGAACAAUAUAUGCCAUAGAGAUCUCAAGCCCCAGAAUGUCUUGAUGGCCUCAGUGAUCCCAGUGUGGGUAAAGAUAGCAGACUUUGGGUGUUCAAAGUACCACAAGGGAACAGAGCUGCGGACGAAUGUUGGAACACGAUGUUACAUGGCGCCAGAACUCCAGGGCUUGGGGAAAGCGCGGAGGAAAUACACAAACGCCAUCGAUAUGUGGGCGUUAGGAUGCAUCGUCUAUGAGAUGUUGACAUCCACACCGCUUUUCUCCCAAACGUCGACAUCUACGGAGGAUACAACUCCGAUUACAACGAUAUCGGGUAUCAUCAUCGAUGAGAAACUGGUGGAGACGAAGGAACCUAUUUUUGAUUUUGAGCUGUUGUGGAUGUUUUAUCUAGGGGAUGUUGCGUUUCAUAUCGAAAAACUUCAACAGGCACAAGCUAGCAGCAAGGCAAUUGAGCUGAUCAAGUCUCUUUUGCGUGUGAGUCCCGAAGAACGGCUUACAGCAGCAAGUGCUCUACGAACCCCUUGGAUAAUUGAAGGAAAUGGGUCAAUUCCCGAUUUGACCAUCCUCGCCUCUCAUACCGAAGAUCCCCUAUCACAGGUGCUGCUACCGGCUUGUGAGAUCUCAGAAGACAAGAAGGAGAAAGAGCAUAUUCCACAGCUACAACCGGAGGAUUCCGGUCCAGAUGACUUGAUUAGGGUCGUGCUCGAUGGUAAUGUCAGGACACUUUCUAGGCUUUUGGCUCUUGGUUCCGAUGUGGAGCAAAGAAACGAUUCCGGCGAGACUGCAUUAUUAGCUGCGGUGCGUGCCGGAAAGCUGUCGAGCGUUGAGAUUCUCAUGUACCACGGCGCCAACCCGAAGGCGAAUCUAAAGGAUGGGAAAACUGUUCUGCAACUUGCCAUAGAGGAGGGAAACAUUCAUAUGGUUACGCUCCUAUUGGACCAUGGUGUUUGUAUGGAGGAGGGCAACAAGGACAACUCCACAGCUCUGAUAAGUGCCGCGAGCAAGAGAGAUAUGGGGAUGGUAACGCUACUGUUAGAUCGGGGGGCAAAUCCUGAGGCCAAACAGAAGGAUGGAGAAACUGCUCUGCUGGUUGCAGCACGAGAGGGGGAUAAAAGAAUAACUCAGUUACUUCUAGACCGAGGGGCGUAUCUAGAAGCGAGAUCCAAUGAUGGGAGUACCGCUCUUAUACUGGCAGCUUCAAGCGGAGGCGUCGAGACGGUCAAAGUGCUGCUAGAUCGCGGAGCAAAUAUAAACGCUAAGCAAGAACAGGGCGUGUCACCCUUACAUUGUGCUAUACGCUGUAACGAUAUUUCUACUGUCAAUCUCUUACUCCGCCACGGCGCGGAAAUAGAGGCACAGACGGCAGAGAACGAAACCCCGCUACACAGAGCCUCAGAGGCGGGACAUGUUGAUAUCAUGGAAUCACUACUUAGGGCUGGUGCAAACCCAGAGGCGGUCCAAAGAAAACGGCUAACCUGCCUUGGGGUUGCUGUCGAUAGCAAUCAGGCAGCUGCAGUUGUGCACCUGCUGAGACGGGGGGCGAAAAUGGAGGACGAGCGACGCGGGGUCAUAAAGCCACUUUUGAAGGCUGCUAGUCGUGGAUACCUAGACAUCCUUAUGGCGCUCGUGGAACAUGGUGCAGACCUAGAGCAGGUCAACAUCGGAGGUGCAAAUGCUCUUCAUAUCGCUGCUUCUUAUGGCUGGAGUGACAUUGUUGAUGUUCUUCUGUCGCUUGGAGUGAAUAUCGAAUCGAGAACCACACAAGGCGCAAGUGCACUCCAUCUUGCCGCCAUUAGUGGCCAAACUGAAAUCAUCUCCAGACUUGUGGGGUCUGGAGCAACCUUGGAAUCUAUGCUAGACAAGCAGGGCACUGCCCUGGCCCUUUCAUCAUUGAAUGGACAUGUGAAGACGGUGGAACUUCUAUUGAGUUUAGGAGCAGACCCCCACUCACCGAGCGGGGAUGGUAAAACCAUUCUCCACCUCGCCGCACGAAAAGGGCAUACAGCCAUUGUCGAACUACUGCUUGACGGAGGAGCGAUGAUCGAUUCAAGAACGAAGGACGGCGAAACCCCCCUGGCGCUUGCAAGCUACCAUGGAUAUCCUGAAAUAGUUUCGCUGUUGAUACGACGGGGUGCUUCGAUCGAUGUAAGGAUAUACGAGCAGAGCACUCCUCUUGUACUUGCGGCGAGAUCUGGCCACCCUGAGGUAGUUUCAAUCCUCCUGGCGCACGGGGCUGAGAUCAAUGCUCGUGAGAAGUGUGGUGGUAGCGCUGUUCUCAUCGCUGCGCUUGAAGGACACCUCCAUGUCGUUCGUAUUCUACUCGAUCAUGGCGGCGCAGAGCUGGAGUUUGAGUUCGAGUACGAGCACGGCCUGCCCGGGCUUAACAAGACAGCUUUCCUAGGGGCUGCAGCCAAGGGGCAUGUAGAGAUUAUGGCACUACUAUUUGAGCGAGGUGCGAACAGCAUGUUCAGGGACACGCAAGGCUCUAACGCCCUGAUAAUUGCAGCACAAAGCGGACACACUCGCGCGGUGGAGUGGCUAUUGCGCAACGGCGCGGCGGCCUCACAACCGGACAAUAAAGGAAAUACUGCACUGAUCACUGCCGCUUGUAAUGGCCACACAGAUACCGUAAAGCUCCUCUUAGACGCCGAGUCAGGCAUAGAUCAAAGAAGUUGGGCCGGAGACACUGCACUUAUGUCUACGGUGGCCGGUGACCACACUGAAACAGCGGCACCCUCAGACACAAUUCGGCAGGAAGGUUUGACGCAGGUCGCGGGGACACUGGUAAAGUCCACAUCCAACACUUAUACGUCCAGGUCAAUGCUCCAUCCCCGUCGUAUCCUUCUAUUUUCAAGAACAGGCCGGCCGUAA